AUGGCCGGUGAAGACGAGCUGAAGCUGCUGGGUACGUGGGCGAGCCCCUGGGUUUCUAGGGUGAAACUCGCGCUCCUCCUCAAGGGCUUGAGCUAUGAGAACGUCGAGCAGGACCUCAACAACAAGAGCGACCUGCUCCUCGCCUCCAACCCGGUGCACAAGAAGGUGCCGGUACUCAUCCACAACGGCAAGCCAAUCUGUGAGUCCGUCGUCAUCCUAGAGUACAUCGACGAUGCCUAUGGUACCGUAGGCCCCUCCUUCCUGCCCGUUGACCCAUACGAGCGUGCCAUUGCUCAGUUCUGGGUAGACUACAUUGACCAGAAGCUAGUCAUCCCGUGGAAAGUGGCGUUCAUGGCCGACGGAGAGGAGGAGAAGACCGAGGGGAUAAAGCAGAUGCUGGCGGCGGUGCACACGCUGGAGGGGGCUCUCAAGGAAUGCUCCAAGGGGAAGCCCUUCUUUGGCGGUGAUAGCGUUGGAUACGUGGACAUUGCACUGGGCGGUCUCUUGGCAUUUUUGCAGGGAACUGAAGAGUUAUGUGGUAGCAAACCCUUUGACAUCGCCAGCACCCCACUUCUGCUGGCAUGGGUGGAGCGUUUCACCGCGCUGGACGCCGCCAAGGUGGCCCUGCCAAAUGUCAGCAAGUUGGUUGAGUUUGCCAAGACGAAGCGGAGGCUGUGUGGUCCGAGAGCACAUCAAUCUUUGUUCGAUGGAGAUCACUACCAGAAUAACUGCUUGCGCCGACGGCCUCAUCUAUGCCGACGCCCCCCGUCCGCAUAG